AUGUGGAUCAGCUGUGAAGAGGCAAACGGAGACGAGACCAUCAGCGUGGACGUUUUGGAGGUCCGUCCAGUGGGCCGUUCAGUGAAUCCAGCCGGUCCUGUGAAUUCUGUCCCGCCAGUUGAGCCGGUCUGUCCUGAAGAGCCAUUCCAACAUGUAUUGCCAGUCCGCCCGAUUUCCCCAAUUCGUCAAUUGAUGGCAGUUCAUCCACUCAACCGAAUCCGUCAGAUGGACCAACACGAACAGCGCCGUCGCGAGGAUCCCUACUGUCCGAUGAUUCCGACACGUCCCAAUCGAUCGCUUCAAAAUCAAGGGUAAAUAAAAACGUUUAGUUUAGUUUAAGUUUAAUUUUUUCUAGGUGCAACGACGGGUACAAAAAGUACUCUAUUCUGUUUGUGCCUGCCAAACACGGAAACCCGCUCAGGACGGAAAAUAUCUCCGAUUGGCUCGCAAUCUUGAAGUGAGAAAGAUGAAUAACAUUUUUUCUUUAAAAUAGUUUGAUAUGCAUUUCAGAAUCGGAACGAUCAAUCUGAACGAGGUGCGACCGCUCGGUGUCUCAGCCGUGUACCUCGACGAUCAGUACGUCGCCUAUUUCGAAGCGUCGCCAUCACUUCAGCCACGGCUCGACGCUUGCCUCAAUCACGAGAACUACCCGAGCUUGUCGUUCCAGUUCAACGAGCAACAUUUUGGAAAAGAGGUCAGUCCACAAUUAGAAAUAUUGAUUUCAAACGCGAUUUACAGAGAAACAGGCAUGUGUUUCUCGCAGGAGACAUAAACAAGCACGGCUGCAUGACGGCAGUCUUGUACCGAAACUUCCUUCCUGUUGUAAGUUUUGAUGUUAAUGUGCGAAGAUGACAAAUUGUUUUCAGUGCUCUUCCCGCCAAUGUAGCCCAGAACGUGAGGUUCUCUCCGAUCGGUCUCGUCAGCCGGGGAAUUUGUUCUGGGCACAUCGGAGAAAAAUCUUUUUUUACAGGCUGCGAGCAGGAAGGGAAAGGACUUGCUCGAAAGAGCAGAUAG